CAGAGGUCGAAGUUUAUUGCUGACGUAGGAGCUUCGUGGUAGUUGGAAGAUUCGCGGGAAAUGUCUGAAAACAAGUCGGCUCUGACGUGAACGCGUACAACUUCAACCGGAGUUUGUAGUUUAACCUUUCAGACUUACCAGAUAAAAUAUCAGUGUCUUCAUUGAACGUACGCCCUGAAACGGAGAGAGUUUUAACGUUGGCUUGCUUAACUGAGGAGCUCCACGCACACAGCAUUGUCAACGACGCUAAUCGGUUAGCUUAGCGGUAACAGUCCUCCACAGCCUUUUAGCAACGAUAACGGCUAAAUCUGUUCUCCUAGGACGGCGGAAACAGCGGCGCACAUACAACGGACCCAGAUAAAUGCACAUUAAACAGUGAGAACAAUGGCAGAGAGGCCAGAAGACCUGAACCUUCCCAACGCGGUAAUCACCCGCAUCAUCAAGGAGGCGCUCCCAGAUGGGGUGAAUGUGUCAAAAGAAGCAAGAAGAGCCAUAUCCCAGGCAGCCAGUGUGUUUGUGUUGUAUGCCACCUCCUGCGCAAAUAAUUUUGCUAUGAAGGCCAAGCGAAAAACUCUGAAUGCAGGAGACGUCUUGGCUGCAAUGGAGGAGAUGGAGUUCGAAAGGUUCCUGGAGCCCCUCAGAGAAGCUUUGGAAGGUGAAACUUUGAAAAUACUCUCAGCUUUUAAAGAUAUUUUAAUAAGUUCACAAUAAGUUCAGUGACAUCAGGACUUUUUAUUCAUUUCCUUGUGAAGUUGUGAAAACAACACUAAUGUAUGUAUUAGGGAUGUUUUUGUGACGAGUUUCUUAGGCGCCUAAAUGAGCGGGACGAAAAGUAAACUCACCAGACUAAAACUGAGAAACGCUCAGAUAUCAAGUGAAAUUUGAGAACGUUUAAUGGAGAAUGUCAAAAACUAAUAACAGACAACUCCAAAGCUAAUAUGCACUCUGAUAGUAAGUUAACUUUAAUAUUUAUGUAUUGCCCCAAACUCUCUAAACAGGCAUUUUAAACCAUUUCUCACAUUCUUCAAUAGUAUAUCAUGCUUUUUAACAAUGCAGCACCUCUCAUUGUGCAUUAUCAACCUUACACAUUACACUCCAGACAGACAACGAAGAAGGAAAACACUUAAAACACUGAUGUUAAAUUGCGACUAAGUAGUGUGGUGCAUGCAUUAUAACUAAUAGAUGUAAUCUCUCCAGCGUGUCCCGGGUCUACGCUGGGGCCGCCUCCUGGUAAGAGAUGCCCAUCUGGAGCUUAGCUGGCUCCUUUCAAUGUGGAGAAGUAGCAACUCUACCUUGAACCCCUAACCAAUGAGUGAAAUCCUCACCCUAUUGCCCAUCCACCUU